AUUUUGUUAGACACAUUAUCAAACUCUUAAGUAAAAACACAUUGUUACCGAACAUUUUUCAGUUUUAACUUUUAAUAAGCAAAAAAUCGGUCAUUGCUAGUGUUAUUAAUAAAAAGUAAUAACCAUAAAAUCCGUCUGGAAUUCUUAUGCAAGCUUUCAGUUGGUCAAUAAACUCAAAUAUACAUUCUUGUAUCUGCCUAUAAUAACAAGCUAUUAAAAUGGCUUCACCCGCUGUCUCUAAAGGAACUUUUCAACCGGACUCUGAUGUUCAUAUCACGUUUGAAGACCAACAGAAAAUUAAUAAGUUUGCUAGACUCAAUGCUCGUGUUGAAGAAUACCGAGACGAAUUGAGAUCAAAACAAACCACGUUGAAGAAUUUGGAAGAUGCAGCUGAGGAAUUGGUGUUGUUGGACGAAGACGAUUGUCCAAAUCUACCCUACCUUACAGGGGAAACAUUUGUUUACUACAAUCUUGAAACUACUCAGAACAACAUUGAAAAACUAAAAAUAACUGUCCAAAAAGAGAUGAAGGACAUCGAGUCGAAAAUUGCCGAAACUUCUUCUACCAUGAGCGAUUUGAAAUCACAUUUGUAUGCUAAAUUUGGAAACAACAUCAAUUUGGAAGCGGAAGACUAAUUAUAAUAACUGUAAUAUGUAUAAAUGCAUUUAUUGUUUUUUCUUUUUUUUAAACUUAUAAUAUUCUAAUUACUAAUUAUUUUGAAAAGUAUAACAAGAAAGAUUGUUGUUACUAUUGA